UUGCUCACCCAGGGCUUUCACUUCCUGGAGGGAGGGUGACUAAAGAUAUUCACCGGUCUGGGAUUUUCAGUCUUCCACCAGAGCUGAGAUGGGAUCCAUCUGUGCAAAGCUUUAAUGCAGCAAAGAACAAAGAACUCAGGUGGGCUUAGAGGUGAGCAGGCAACCAGGGCUGCAGUUAGAACACUUCCAAGUGCCAAAGCCCACUGGCGAAGACAUCCGCUGGCCAGGACUUGUGGCAGACAGAGGGUCUUUCUCAGGUGACACUAGCCUGCCUCACCAAGGGGGCUGUCUGCUGGCAUGGGCACUGGACUUCAGGCAACUGAGGAAGGCAACGACAGAGCUCACAGGAAUGACAUUCAGGUGGAACAUCCAAAGGCUUCUGGGAAAAUGGAUAUCAGCGUCAAUCUGGAAGCCACAUAUGCUAAGCUGUGUCUAAAUCUAGGAGCAAUGACACUUGGAGAGAAGGAUAGAAAGAAAAUGAACUCUCACCUCAGGAAGAAGGAGAAUGAAAACAUCUCUCUAGCUGUAUGUGCUCUUCUGAAUUCGGGAGGUGGAGCCAUCAAGGUUAAAGUUGAAAACGAAAAUUAUAGUCUCACUAGGGAUGGCCUGGGACUAGAUUUGGAAGCCUCUCUUUCUAAAUGUCUGCCGUUUGUCCAGUGGCACCUGAACUUCACGGAGUACGAAGGCUACAUUUAUAUCUACGUGAAAUUGUGGAGCCAGGAAAUCUUUGGACUGCCUAUUGGCACCCUGAGAACCAAUCUGUAUGUGAGGAGCAUGUCAUCCUCCGUACACGUGAGUGCUGACGCUGCUCUAGAAUUUCUCCAGGACCUGGAGGAAACUGGAGGGAGACCCUGUGUCAGACCGGAGUUGCCUGCAAGUAGAGCCUUCCCUGAGGUAGAAGAAGAAUGUCACCUGGAGGAUUUGGCUGCUGCGUUUUUUAACAAGACAGAAUUUCAGUAUGAGGAAACUUUCCACUUUACCAGAUCCACAUAUGUUGAAGUUACAUCGCCUUCAGCGAAACGCCUGCGAAAACACAUCAAAGAGCUCCUCCCUCGAACUGUUUCUGCUUUCGCAAACACGGAUGGGGGAUAUUUAUUCAUUGGUUUGGAUGGGAAAAAACAGCGAAUAAUUGGUUUUGAAGCAAAGAAGAGCGACCUUGUGCAUCUAGAGAGUGCAAUAGAAAAGUGCAUCCGACAGUUGCCUGUCACUCACUUCUGUGAGGAGAAAGAGAAGAUCAAGUACACAUGCAAAUUUAUCAAAGUGCACAAAUCCGGAGCUGCGUGUGCAUAUGUGUGUGCGCUCAGAGUGGAGAGAUUCUGCUGUGCAGUGUUUGCCGCAGAGCCUGAAUCCUGGCACGUGGAAGACAGCUGUGUGAAGAGGUUUACCGCAGAGGAAUGGGUUAAGCUCCAGAUGGAUCCCAGAGCAGGUUGAAGGAGGAUUAAUAACCAGUCUAUGAGGGUUGGAGAGAUGGCACAGUGG